AUGGGGGACUUGCCCAAGGAAAGGGUAACUGGAUAUAUACGUCCGUUUGCUAUUAGUGGAGUAGAUUAUGCGGGGCCUAUAUUCAUAAGGGAGAGCCGUCGCAGAGGACGUCACCCUACGUUCAAGGCUUAUAUUGCCUUGUUUAUUUGUCUCAACACAAGAGCUAUUCAUCUCGAGUUAGUCACAGAUCUGACGACAGAAGCGUUUUUGGCAGCUCUUCGUCGUUUUACCGGAAGGAGAGGAAUUUGUUCCCGUCUGAUAUCCGAUAAUGGCACCAAUUUUGUAGGUGCCUCUCGAGAACUUAAGGAAUUAUACGCAUUUUUAAAGGAAAAGGAAGAUACAAUACAAACACUGUUGGCGAAGCAAAAAAUAGAGUGGAGCUUUAUUCCUCCGAGAGCCCCAAACUUCGGGGGUUCAUGGGAGUCUGCAAUCAAAAUAGUAAAAAGGAAAUUUUACGCUGUGACCAAGGGUUUGGUCUUGACGUUUGAAAAAUGUUACACUCUUCUCGUUGAAAUUGAGGCGGUUGUAAACUCUCGACCAAUAACUCCGUGCUCGAACGAUCCUCAAGAUUUGUCUGUAUUAACCCCUGCCCAUUUUUUGGUGGGAGAUUUUUUGUUUCAGCCCGUACAAAGGAAUUAUGUUGAUGUUUUUGAUAAGUAUCUAAGUCGUUGGCAACACCUUCAAAAGGUGCGGCAAGAUUUCUGGAGGCGCUGGCAGACCGAAUAUUUGAUGGAGCAGCAACGUCGGAGUAAAUGGGUUCGUGGAACUACAGCCUUGACUAAGGGAACUCUGGUACUCCUUAAGGACGAGCGUCUGCCUCCUCUCCAGUGGCAUGUAGAAAGAAUUACGGAGGAGCACCCGGGAGCCGAUGGCGUAAUUAGGGUGGUCACGGUCAGAACGGCACAAGGCCAGUUUAAGCGAGCAUCACGCAGCUUAUGUCCCCUGCCUAUGGAGGAUGACUUCCUUACACCAAGAAGCAAUUGA